CUGUGGGCGAGGUGUUCACUGCUCGCCAUCGUUGCACAUGCUUCCUGCAUCAUAAUUCCAUUUCUCGGAAGUAGCUGCUCUCCUUUUCUCGUUCAUUCUUCUCUGGAACCUACCCGUCCUCUCCUUCUUGACAGCAUGUGCUGAAUUUCCCCACCAUCUCCCUACCACGUCUUCCACGCUCGUUCGCUCUUCUUAGAUUACUCCCUCGCCAGCCCCGUCACCUAGCCACCACUGGUGGGCAUCGCCGCAAUGGUACACUCAGUCCUCCCCUUUCGAGACAUCAACCUUCAUGCGUCUCCUGCGCAUUAUGCUUUUACAUCGCCCUCGUCCCCCGAUGCUCCAACACUCGUUGUUGAGCGUCCAACGGGCGACUUGCGCCUGAACAGCGGCACAUUGUCUGGUGCUAAGCGCAUCUCCAGCAUCGCUGGUAUCCUUGGUAUCAUUAAGCUAAAGCUUGACAAGUACAUUAUUGUCAUCACCAAAGCUCAGCCUAUGGGACGGUUGCGCGGCCACAUGGUCUACAAAGUCGCAGGUACUGAAUUUCUUCCUCUCCGCGAGCGCCCACUGCACGACCAUGACGAAGACACGUACUUGGCAAUGUUGAAGGAGUUGCUUCGAACCGGGCCUAUGUAUUUCUCCUACGCCUUGGACCUGACCAACAGCUUCCAGCGUCAGUCGCAGAGCGACGCCAGCCUUCCGAUGUGGAAGCGAGCCGACGAUCGCUUUUUCUGGAACCGGUUUAUUCAAUCAGACCUGAUUGAUUUCAGUCUUGGGGAACAUAAUACAACAAGUGUCCGUUAUGGCCCGCAACCCGGUGCUGAUCCUUACAUCCUCCCGGUCAUAUUCGGGAUGCUGCGUAUCACGCCCGCUAGGGUCAAGUCUACCACCUUCACUUUUGCACUUAUCACCCGCAGGUCGAGACAUAGAGCUGGCACACGAUACUUCUCGCGCGGAAUCGACGAGCAAGGACACGUUUCGAACUAUAACGAGACCGAACAGAUUGUAAUCCUGAAUGAUGCUACUGGUGGUCUGUCUGGGUUUGCUGGAGGGCAGGCUAUGACCAAAGAAAAGUCUGCCGAUUUGGGCCAAGAUCCUCAAGUCCUGUCAUUCGUGCAGACGCGAGGUAGCGUCCCUGUGUUUUGGGCCGAAGUCAACAACCUGAAAUAUACACCCAAACUUCAAGUGCGCGGAGUGGAAACUGCGGUCAAGUCAGCACGCAGGCAUUUUGACGAGCAGAUCAGGCUCUAUGGCGACAACUACCUUGUCAAUUUGGUGAAUCAAAAGGGAAGGGAAGAGCGCGUCAAGAGGGCUUACGAACAACUAGUUCGUGUGCUGGUGUCAUCAUCGAGCGAGGUGACUGAGGCAGAUGACGAAUCCUCAGAAAAGGUGCAUGUUUUGGAACCAGACCAUCCGCAGAAGGAGAUGGACCGUCUGCAUUAUGUCUAUUUUGACUUCCACAAUGAAACAAAAGGCCUUAGAUGGCACCGCGCUGAGCUUCUCAUGGAUCGCCUCAUCAGCGGUCUAUCUCAGGGCGGCUAUUUCCGUGGUGUCGAAAACCCAGGCGCUCCUAGUGGACAGUUGGAAGCAAGAGCGCUCCAAACCAGCGUUGUCCGAACGAAUUGUAUGGACUGCCUGGAUCGUACAAACGUCGUCCAAAGUAUGCUUGGGCGCUGGGCGUUAACAAGACAGCUCACAGAAGCAGGAGUCCUACGCGCCGGAGAAGCUGCGAACGAUGAUCGCGAUUUUGAGAACUUGUUCCGUAAUAUAUGGGCAGAUAACGCCGAUGUUGUCUCCAAGGCGUAUUCUGGAACCGGUGCUUUGAAGACUGACUUCACUCGUACUGGCCAAAGAACCAGAGCCGGCAUGCUUCAGGAUCUAAACAAUUCGAUUACUCGAUAUGUGCGGAAUAACUUUCUUGACGGUCCGCGUCAGGAUGGUUUCGAUGUUUUCCUGGGAGCCUAUCUCUGCCCUGAAUCCACUCUGGGAAAUCUUCAGAUCUUUGUCGACCGUCGGCCGCUUAUAAUCCAGUCUAUUCCAUUCAUUUUUGCCGCGGGUCUUUUUAUGAUCAUCGUGGCCGCAUUUACACGACGUCUCCCCGACUCCACCGUUUGGCCCCUGCGGCUAUUCGUCGUUUUCUGGAUGAUACUCGCUGGGUGGUGUGCCCGAUUCAUGAUUACCCAUGGGAUGCUCUAUGUGAAUUGGCCCAAAUUAAACACACCCCCGGCUGGUGCGGAAGGCUACCAAGAUGCACUGAUCAAGGCCCGUUCAGAUCCUGUUAUUGGUCAAUUGCUUCCGUCCAGGAAACAUCAAAGAGGCUUAAGCAAUGCUCGCCUUGGUUUUCUGGAAGAAGGGAAAACGAGGGUUGAGUAAAUAUGUUUUUGCCGGUCCCCUCGCCGGCAGGUUCUUUUACUUUGACGCCCCCUUGUCUUGUUUACUUUAUUCCUUCUCUUGAUCUCCUAAUGCUGGGCAUAUCAUUUUAUUCACGCUCUGUUUUCCCUCUUUUCCACCAUAACCCCUCUUGUAUUGGUUUUUCACCCAUUCGUUCUUUUCCCCACCGGUAACUCGGAGUCAUAGUAUGGACAUCACGUAGAAGUAGACAGAAUCAUCCCCUUUGUAUUAUCUCAGCAUUCUUAAUAGAAAGACAUAGAACGCAAGAGUUCCCAGCAUGUAUUUUACCACCCGACUUCUCUUAAAUACUCCAAGCUCAGGCUUAUAUGCUUCAUAUCAC